CCCUCACGCAGGCCCAUGGCGGCGGCCGCGGCGGCGCUCUCGGGCGCGGGCACGCCACCCGCGGGCGGCGGGGCCGGGGGCGGCGGGGCCGGGGGCGGCGGGUCCCCGCCAGGCGGCUGGGCCGUGGCGCGCCUGGAGGGCCGAGAGUUCGAGUAUCUGAUGAAGAAGCGCUCGGUGACCAUCGGCCGCAACUCGUCGCAGGGCUCGGUGGACGUGAGCAUGGGCCACUCGAGCUUCAUCUCCCGGCGCCACCUCGAGAUCUUCACGCCCCCGGGCGGCGGCGGCGGCCAUGGCGGGGCCGCUCCGGAGCUGCCGCCCGCGCAGCCCAGGCCCGACGCCGGCGGCGACUUCUACCUGCGCUGCCUGGGCAAGAACGGCGUAUUCGUGGACGGCGUGUUCCAGAGGCGUGGGGCGCCGCCGCUGCAGCUGCCGCGCGUGUGCACGUUCAGGUUCCCGAGCACAAACAUCAAGAUAACGUUCACUGCCCUGUCCAGCGAGAAGAGAGAGAAGCAGGAGGCGUCUGAGUCUCCGGUGAAGGCCGUACAGCCACACAUCUCGCCCCUGACCAUCAACAUUCCAGACACCAUGGCCCACCUCAUCAGCCCUCUGCCCUCCCCCACAGGAACCAUCAGCGCUGCAAACUCCUGCCCCUCCAGCCCCCGGGGAGCGGGGUCUUCAGGGUACAAGGUGGGCCGAGUGAUGCCAUCUGACCUCAAUUUAAUGGCUGACAACUCACAGCCUGAAAAUGAAAAGGAAGCUUCAGGUGGAGACAGCCCGAAGGAUGAUUCAAAGCCACCUUACUCCUAUGCACAACUAAUAGUACAAGCAAUUACAAUGGCUCCUGACAAACAGCUCACCCUGAACGGAAUUUAUACACACAUCACUAAAAAUUAUCCCUACUACAGGACUGCGGACAAGGGCUGGCAGAAUUCAAUUCGCCACAAUCUCUCUCUGAAUCGUUAUUUCAUCAAAGUGCCGCGUUCCCAGGAAGAACCAGGCAAAGGCUCAUUCUGGAGGAUAGACCCAGCCUCUGAAAGCAAAUUAAUAGAACAGGCUUUUAGGAAACGACGGCCUAGGGGCGUGCCCUGCUUUAGAACCCCUCUGGGACCGCUCUCUUCUAGGAGUGCCCCAGCCUCUCCCAAUCACGCUGGAGUGCUGUCUGCUCACUCUAGUGGUGCCCAGACCCCUGAGAGCCUGUCGAGGGAAGGUUCGCCGGCCCCCCUGGAGCCUGAGCCUGGCGCCGCACAGCCCAAACUCGCUGUCAUCCAGGAAGCCCGGUUUGCCCAGAGCGCCCCAGGUGAGACAGCGGGAGAGGAAGCAAGGGCCAGAAUCCAGGAAGCCCGGUUUGCCCAGAGCACCCCAGGGUCACCUCUGUCCAGUCAGCCAGUCUUAAUCACCGUCCAGCGGCAGCUACCACAGGCCAUCAAGCCUGUCACCUACACUGUGGCCACCCCAGUGACCACCUCGACCUCCCAGCCACCCGUCGUGCAGACGGUUCACGUCGUCCACCAGAUCCCAGCGGUGUCGGUCACCAGUGUGGCCGGACUGGCCCCAGCGAACACGUACACUGUCUCUGGACAAGCCGUGGUCACCCCGGCAGCCGUGCUGGCCCCUCCUAAGGCAGAGCCCCAGGAGAACGGAGACCACAGGGAAGUCAAAGUGAAAGUAGAGCCUAUUCCCGCCAUUGGCCAUGCCACGCUCGGCACUGCCAGCCGGAUCAUUCAGACGGCACAGACCACCCCGGUCCAGACGGUGACCAUAGUACAACAGGCACCUCUAGGUCAACACCAGCUACCAAUAAAAACUGUAACACAAAACGGCACUCACGUGGCAUCAGUGCCCACUGCGGUCCACGGCCAGGUGAACAACGCUGCAGCAAGUCCUUUGCACAUGUUGGCAACACACGCGUCCGCAUCGGCCUCCCUGCCCACAAAGCGCCACAACGGUGACCAGCCGGAGCAGCCGGAGCUGAAGCGGAUCAAGACAGAAGACGGCGAGAGCAUUGUCAUUGCCCUGAGUGUGGACACGCCACCGGCAGCCGUAAGGGAAAAGGGUGUCCAGAACUAGCGACUGGGAGAGCUUUUCUUUAACAAUAUCAACUUCGUGGUGCCAAAAGGAGACGCCUCCCGCCAGCACUCGCGGGUGCAGGGCCCUGUGGUUGGACUUCACCUCUCAGCACUGAAAACAAAACCCAGGUGGCCUUAACACUCCUUAAAGACAGAAGUCACACUUGAACAAAACCCACACACAACAAAACCUGAUUUGGGAGAGUGUCUCCACUGAGCACCUGCUGGGUUGCUGCCUUAGGGCUCAGCUUUUACCUGCAAGUGACACUGUCCUCCCUCCGCCCGCGAGGACCAGGCAUCGCUGUGUGAGGACAGCACAGCCAGCGCCUGCUGUGAGUGGGUCUCCCAGGACUAGGCCUCAGGACGCUGGGGGAGCCGUCCCCGCCACCCUCACAGCACCCACCAGGCAGCGGAGACAUGUGGAAUUAGAGUAUUUUGAGGUGUCCUUUCUUUACAAAAUAAUGGGGUCUUGGGCAUUUCACAUCACUCCAUUUCUACUCAGACUUUCGGAAUCACACAGGCCCUUUCCGUGGAUUUCAUCUGGGGAAAAGAAACAACUUUCCGUGGAUUUCAUCUGGGGAAAAGAAACAACGUAGUUUUGUUUUUGUUUUCAGCCUAUGGAAUGAUUUCCUUUUGUCUGUCUUGUUAAAGUUCAGAUGAAGCUACUCUGGCAUCUGCACAUUUCUGUGUUACAGCAGCUGCCUGAUGAAUUUUAUCCACCUCCAUUUCAGCGUGUGGCUCUCGUGGACAGGUGGACGGACACUGUGGCCACAUGGAACCUUGAGAACCCAGGGACGAGCUGGUGCCAGGAAGGAACUGCCGGGACUCACCGAGCUGCACUUAACUGUUCUCUUUCUGGCUAUUUUUUGUUGUUUGUUUCUUUGUGUUGACUUUGUCCCUGGCAAAAUUUUCCACUCUGAGUAAAACAAGUCUCCUAAGUAUUGUGUAUGUUUAAAACGACAGAACCAUUUCUACUUCAUUUGGAAAAAAAGAUUCAGUCUUUUAUCACAGGCCCUUUUGAAACUCAGAUCCCAGGUCUCUCUGUGGUAUGUUUGUAUUUGGGGUGUCCCUCCGGCUCUGGGCACCCUCUGACCCGCUGUCUACUCCCCACCUUCGGUGAGCGGCCGCCGUGGUGGAGCAGGGCCCGAGCCACGUCCUGCAGGGGGCGUCUGGGGCAUUUCCUGUUUUGUGAUUGAUGAUUGAUAGGAAAUGUCCCUGAUCUUUCAGAACGGAACCCAAUCCUGAGGCUGACUGACUCCUCUACGGAAAAUGAGGACAGGACGGGGGUGAGGGAAUGAGUGGGAGGUCCCCGCAUCUCCUUGCCCGGCUCCUCAGAAGAAAACCGCUCGCCCUUCCCGAGUGUGCCGGCUGAGGGCCGCGGACGGUGCACAUGGAGAGGGCAUCAGCCUGAUGCUGAGCUUUUUAAUGUCAUCAUCAUAACAUUAUUUAUUUAAAUGUAGUUAUUUUGGUAUUUAAUUUUUUUUUAGAGAGGAAAAAAACCUGUAUUUUCCUGGUGGGAUGAAAUGGCUCAGAAUGGUAUAUUUAGGCAAUUUUAAAACAUUUAUUAUUUACAUAAAGACCAAAUAUGAUGAAUCUGUUCCAUGAAUUGUGUCGGCCCUCAGCAUGGGGCUGUGGCAGCGUCACUGCGGUGACGCACACUGAAAGGUAUGAAAUUACUGCACACUAGCUGGAUUAUAACUCAGCCAUUUAAGAAAUAAAAGCAAAACCGUCACGUGACUGAGACCGUGUGUGUGACCGCAGCAAAUCGCAGCGUGUGGAUGGAUCAGAGCCCCUCGGUGCAGCUGUCUGCAUCUUCCAAGCACUUUACAGAUACCUUGGAAUGUGUAUUUUUGUCUUCUUACUCAGAAGGUUUGCAGUGUGUAAAAUAAUUAGGAUUCUGCUGUGUCCUGUGUGUGGGGUCAGGUCCCUCCACAGAGGGCUCCAGCUCUGUUGCUCACAGCUGAUGGGGUUCUCUGAUAGGAGACGAGCUCUCGAGCUGAGUCAAGGAACAGCGGGGUCACCGGUGGGGAGCUUGGCUUGGACACCAAGCAGAUGCAUCGUGUGUCCCCUUGGAGGCGUUUUUAUGCAGCUGUGUAUGUUACUGUCCAGAAGGAGUCGGGGGUAGACUUUCCCGUGUAAGCUCAGUCCAUAAACUGGUUACUUCUGAUCCUGGAACGUGGACUUGACAUGAUGAUAGGCCCGGAUCUGUUUCUUUGGGAUCACAGGUAAGGAAAAUGCCCAUUCAAAUGGUAAAGGAGGGAGGAGGGUUUUUUUUUUUUUUUUUUUUUUUUUUUUUUGCUGUAGGCACCAUUCUGCAUCUUGAACCCAGACUGAAGUGUGCCUCUCACGGAUGGGAGGUGCACACGCUCCUGUCUCCUCACUCUGCCACGUUCACUUGGCUUUUUCAUUGGUACCUAGGAAUUGAAGAAUAUGGAAGCGAGAGCAGUAACAAAACCAUAGAUGAGCAGACUACCACGCCUCGGGUUUUCUUGCCAGUCUUUAAGGCACUGUUUCUAAAUUUCGAACUUAGCUCUGAACUUGAGCACAGCAAGGGUUGCUGAGCUGCUGUCGCCGCAGCCCUGGCCCCUGGUGCUGGGGCUGCAGCACCUUUGAGAGAGGUCCUGUGUCAUCCUCAGCUGCGUCGCUGUGAACUCCCCGCUCUCCACUGUGUUCCUCAGUGUCUGAUUUUCAGGAAGUCUCUGCUGUGACCUUUGCCCAACUUCUGAGCUCCUCAGGGACUAGAAACAAUUUCAGUAGCUUUGCCCUGAAGCAAACAAGAAAACAAAAGGGAACUCCCGUAUGACCCACGUCACGUGGUGCGCUCGGAGUGUGUGCGGCAUGAUCCUCGGGUUGCUCCUCCUCACUUUAGUAGAGUACGCGGUGGACAGCUGAUGUUCAGUCGUCUACCCACGUCCGUCACUGUCCUCCGAUAGAAUAAGAGAGUAGUUGGUAGUCAUGGCCAGAAGGGGGUGGGAGCAGUGUGAGGACUUGGGGUUUCUGUGCUGUGUGACACAAUGAGAUAAGUGACAAUCUUGAAGUCCUAACUUCCACUAUUCUAGAAAGUACAGUGGUGAUUUGUGUGCAAAGAUUUGAAAUUUUAAAGUACCAAGUUCCUGAAAUUCAAUAAAAUAUUUUUAUUAAUUUUAA